GCCGCAGAACCCGGAUACUGAUGCUGCUCGUGUCGGACAGGGAGAAGCAAUACAGAGCGAGAAAACAGAAAAAAGGCCCCGUUUGACAGAGGCAGCGAAAUUCUGGAGAACCGAAUCCGCAUCCCACUUGAGCGGACCGAAGUCAAGCAAGCGAUAGCGGCGACUCUAACCCAAAAACGAGAUUGAAAGGAUGACUGCACGCGCAGUAGCCGAGGCGACGGGAGGAGAGAGAGAAGAUGCUGUGAUAUGCACAUAGCCAGCGCGAGAGGGAGGGCGAGAGCGAGGGAGGGAGGGGGAGAAGAGUCUCCUACGCUAGUAAAAGAUGCUUGUUUUUUGACCAGGAAUGUCUUCUGUGCAAAUAAAGCAAGGGAUUUCUGCACAAACACUGUAGCCUACAAAAGCGCAAUGUACACUUGGGACGCGCGCGCGCGGAUUAUUUGGUGGAAGUGACUGAAGACACUGGGGCUUCCUUCGCCAAAGGGUGGCUGUUUUCUCCCCUACAAUUCUCCUGUAUUUCCGGAUGCGAGGCCUGGGAUGUAUCGUAGUUUAUUGCUCAUCCUUCACGUCUACAAUUUGAUUCAAAUAAGACGAAACACUUAAUGCGACGAAGCUCUAAGUCAUCAUUGACAAAUGAGAGAAAUCUACAUUUAGAUCGGAGCGAAAAUGUAUAAAUGUGUCAUAAAUCAGAUUUGCGCUUGUUUCGCAGGAUGGAUAUGGCUAAGUUUUUAAUAAAUGGAUCACUUCCAGUUUGACAAUACCGGUAUGAAUAUCGUUUUACAGAUAGGAUAAACUGAUGACUUUACUAAUCUAGUAAUAUCGUUGUCUUUAACUGUCUUAAAUAUUAAUAAUAACAAUAAUCAGUUUGCUUUGGUGAUAAAACGCUGUUAAAUAAACGGCCCAUAAACUGACAGAUCCAACCCUACUCCCUAACAAUUCAGAUCAUAGGACGCUUAUAUCGCAAUAACAACUGUAGUUUAGGGAUAUAUUCUCGGCUGGACGCGUAACCCCAUUGUUUUAUUUUGAUAUUUUCAAGCGGAAAAUGUUACCGAUUGAUCUGUGUCAACUUUAAGGAGACAGCAGAUGUUUGGGAGUAGGCCACGGCAUUGACAUCACGCCUCAGCAUCCCUGUGUCAUCGCUCACCGUCUGUGAUGUCUGUACGGCGGUGCUAUUAUGUGAUCAGGACAGAUUUAAAAGUACGCUGAUUUUUUACCCCAUAUAUUGUCCCAUAAACAUCGCAUUUGAACGAAAUGUCCAGUAAAGAGUUGUCGGGGAGUCAGGCAGCUCAGUAUGUCGGGCCCUACCGACUGGAAAAAACGCUGGGAAAGGGCCAAACAGGUCUGGUGAAGUUAGGAGUUCACUGUAUUACAGGACAGAAGGUGGCCAUAAAAAUAGUUAACAGAGAAAAGCUAUCCGAGUCUGUUCUUAUGAAAGUGGAGAGAGAGAUAGCUAUUCUUAAACUAAUAGAACACCCUCAUGUCCUUAAACUGUAUGAUGUGUACGAGAAUAACAAAUAUCUGUAUUUAGUGCUGGAGCAUGUAUCGGGUGGGGAACUAUUUGACUACCUGGUAAAGAAAGGGAGAUUAACCCCUAAAGAGGCUCGAAAAUUCUUCAGACAAAUCAUAUCUGCUCUGGACUUCUGUCACAGUCACUCUAUAUGCCACAGAGAUCUUAAACCUGAAAACCUCCUGCUGGACGAGAAGAAUAACAUCAGAAUUGCAGACUUUGGUAUGGCUUCCCUACAGGUUGGGGACAGCCUUCUGGAGACCAGCUGUGGAUCUCCCCAUUAUGCAUGUCCUGAGGUCAUCAGGGGAGAGAAAUAUGAUGGACGCAGGGCUGAUGUUUGGAGCUGUGGAGUUAUCCUCUUUGCUCUUCUGGUGGGAGCGCUGCCGUUUGACCAUGAUAACCUGCGUCAGCUGCUGGAGAAGGUGAAGAGUGGAGUGUUUCACAUGCCUCACUUCAUUCCUCCAGACUGUCAGGCUCUCCUCCGUGGCAUGAUUGAGGUCAACCCUGAGAAACGCCUCACGUUGGAAGAAAUCCAAAAACACCCUUGGUAUCAAUUUGUGUCUUUCUCUUUCAGAGGGGGCAGGAAUGAGCCGUGUCCAGAGCAGCCGCCUCCUAGACGAGUGUGCGUGAAGAGGAUUCUGUCUCUUACCGAUCUGGACCCCGAUGUUCUGGAGAGCAUGCAUUCACUGGGCUGUUUCAGAGACCGGGUCAAGCUUACAAGAGACCUGCAGUGUGAAGAAGAAAACCAGGAGAAGUUGAUCUACUAUCUUCUGUUGGAUAGGAAAGAACGUUAUCCUAGUUAUGAAGAUGAACAUCUUCCACCCAGAAACGAUGUUGAUCCUCCUCGUAAGCGAGUAGAUUCGCCCAUGUUGACCCGUCACGGACGCUGUCGGCCAGAAAGAAAGAGUCUGGAAGUGCUGAGUGUAACGGAGCAGGGGUCUCCGACACCUCCACGCAGAGCACUGGAUACCUCUGCACACAGCCAGAGAUCUCGCUCAGUUAGCGGAGCUUCAACUGGCCUCUCGUCCAGUCCUCUCAGCAGCCCAAGAAGCCCAGUUUUCACUUUCAGCCAAACCGAAGUCACCUCUGCUUCCACCACCCAGUCCAAAGACCCCAAAGCAGGAAGUUCCACCACACCCCGGGCGUCCCAGCGUGUGCCUGACCAAAAAACCCAGACCCUACCCUCCAAAGUACCCUCUGAGCGUCCCCACCUGCAGUCUAUGAAGUCCCUCCCCCUGCAAACCCCUCCGUCUCCUUCCCCUUCCCCCUCUCCGCUCCUGUCCCCCAUCCCUCGCUUCUUCUUCCCUACUCCUUCUGUCCUAAAGUGUGUCACUAAGACCAUCUAUCCUAACUCUGCCCAUGUGUCGCAGGUUACCCCACAGGGCUCCCCACUCCCAACCCCUCUGGGGACCCCUGUGCACCAUCCCCAGCACCCCCCUCCCACCCCGCCAUCCUCCUCCUCCUCUUCUUCCUCCUCACGAGCUGAAGGGGGUGGUGGUGUGGGUGGUGGUUCCCUCUCCCUAACUCCGCCCUCCAGCCCUGGGGGGAGUGGUGGAAUGGCUGCCAGUAGCUCCGCCCACUGGAGGACACGCCUCAACUCCUUCAAGAACAAUCUGCUGGGUUCGCCGCGCUUCCACCGUCGAAGGCUACAGGUCCCUACAUCAGAAGACAUGUCCAGUUUAACUCCAGAGUCCAGCCCUGAGCUGGCAAAGAAGUCCUGGUUUGGAAACUUCAUCAGUCUGGAGAGAGAAGAGCAGAUCUUCGUGGUGAUUAGAGACAAACCACUGAGCUCUAUCAAGGCUGAUAUUGUCCACGCCUUUCUAUCAAUUCCCUCCUUGAGCCACAGUGUCAUUUCUCAGACAAGUUUCCGGGCCGAGUAUAAAUCAUCCGGAGGUCCGUCCGUCUUCCAGAAGCCUGUCAAAUUUCAGGUUGACAUCGCCUUCUCUGAGGGAGAGAGAGAGCGAGAGAGAGAAAAAGAAAGAGAAAGAGAAGGGAGGAGGGAGACUGGCAUCUACAGUGUCACUUUCACCUUGUUAUCAGGCCCAAGUCGCAGGUUUAAAAGGGUGGUGGAGACCAUUCAGGCUCAGCUUCUCAGUACACACGAUCAGCCCUCUGUGCAGGCACUUGCAGAUGAGAAGAAUGGACUUUCGUCUCGUCCCCCAAGCACACCGACCCGCCAAAACUCUCGCCGUUCGGAGGGCGGGGGUGAUCGCGGUGAGAGAGCAGAACGCGGAGAGCGAGGAGAAGGGAGCAGUAUUGGGGGCAGUGGGAGCGUUCUACAAAGGAAAGGGUCCGGAAAGGAUAAAACCCGCCUCCUUUCUUCGAAUGGAACCCAGUCUCAGCCCUAAGUAAACUAUUUAACAACGCUGUAGAGUGUGUGGGGACAAGCCCCGCCCCAUAUUCCCCAGACACGACUCCCUCAUAGACCAUCUGCACAGUAAAUAAAAACAAGGUAUGCUCAGCUCCGGUUCUCACAUCACUCGUGGAAAUCCUGAGGCCCAACUGCAACGGUAGGAGAGUCAGGAAGUCUAUCCACCUGGAAGUGUUCUUACUCCUUGCCUGUAACAAAUGCAAAUAAUCACCUGAAAAACAAGAACACCACCAGAGACGAUGACAUCACUUAUUCUUCAUACGAGCAAAGGAUUUGAAGUGAAAACAAGAUUUUCUGCUUAAUGUAAACCCCAGCUAUAAAUCAUUUUACGCAGCAACACUACAAACAAGGAGUUUAACAUCUUUUAUCCAGUGAUCUUAUAGCAACAAACUAUAUCUGCAGCAAGUGGGACAGGAAAGAAUGUCUCCCAAACUUUAUCAUCAUCAUCAUCAUCGUCAUUACUAUCAUUAUCAUGAGCAAUGAUCCAUGUGAAAAUCCAUCAGAAUAUCACAUUGAUCCGUUUAAAGUAGAAGAUAAAAAGAACCGAAAAGUGGAACGUUCUUAAUUCUUAACACCACUUGGAGCACAAAAAGGAAUUUUAAAACAUUGUGUCAAGGAAAGGAUGGAGGGAUUUUUUCAGAACAGGAUUUAGAGUAGGAAUAUUCAAUUUGUAACCCCAAGUCAAUACUUGAAGUUGUGGGGGUCCUAUGUGGCUAUACUUGAAGUUAGCCCAUAUAUGCCUCCUACCAAAAGAAAAUAGUUAGACGAUCAGUGUUGAAGAUACAGGCUACUUUAAACACUCCAGUCAAACUUGUGGUGUCGAUCUAAACUUUGAGAUAUGUUUGUAGAUCCAGACAUGUGUCAAAAAUGCAGUGAAGAGCUGGAGAGAAACUUGGUCUGUUAUAGACAUCUCGAAUCAAAUCAUCUCCGCUCCUUAAGUAGAGCGCAGGGGGUGAAGAGGCAUCAGAAAUUCCUAUGACAUGUUCAUAUAAAGAUCGAACAAGAGGAACAAAUUAGCCAGUCAAAAUCGCUUGUGUCCUACAGACAGGCAAGGAGAGGAUAAAGAAACCCAUGUAAUGCUUGCUAGAAAUUUCAAAAUGAAUAGAAGUCAGAAGAUCCUUUUGGUUUCCUCUUUAAUGUUUCUGUUAUAUUUUGAAGCCCAUGGGUGAAAUGUUUGCCAUCAACAAAAAAGAAAAAAUAGUGCACAAUAGCAAAGUAAUUUAUUUUUUCACAUUUAUUUAUUUAUUUAUUGUUCAUUCAUUUUGUUUGUUUGUUUCAGAUUAAAUAAAUAUAGUGUUCAGGCUGAAGUCAAAUGACUGGGGUGAAUGAAUAAAGUCACAAUUUAGAAGAUUUGUUUCCAAAUAUUUAAAAACAACGCUGCAAAAUAUCUUUUUAAAUGCCUUUUCAUUACAUUUUCUCAUCUCAUUUUCAUUUCAUUUUGGAAAAAAAGAGGCAAAUUCACAAAGGAGAAAACUGCAGAACGACUUUAAGAAGUGGGAAGUCUCCCGUGGAUUGGAAUGGACUUCAAAUCCUUUCAGGAUGUACAAUGUAGACUGAAGUGAACCUUACGGAAUCAGAGGAAUGAAAUUGAGGGAAGUCGAAAUCUUUCCGCCCUCUGUGUUCACUCUUCAUCGAGAAUGUUACCCAGACAAGAGCCCAAAGUUUCGGACUCGUGUGUACCAGGCCAGCCCUUUGUACUAAACGCGAGCAGUAUUCUCAUUUUUUCCACACAUGCACACACACACAGAGACACAAGUUACUGUUGAUGAGAAGACUUUCUUUCUCAAAACUCCUAAUAUAAAACAAAAUGAAUGAUAACUGGACUUUGAUCCUGGAAUGCACUGUUCUAAAAAGAGAAUUGUAUUCGAACAAAUAGUUGUCCCUGUCCUCACCCACCCUUGGGAAUCGGCGGAGAGCUGUCUUAAGUGCAGACUCAGAAUCAGUGGGGCUUUUUAGCUCAUUAAAUUUAAGUUUAGGUUGUGAAUGAGCGAAACCUGAUCCUGAAUAUCCACUUAAAAGCUUUUUCUCCAAUAAACCUCUGCCCUGUAGCCCAGAAUCUAAUCUUAAUGCUCCACCCUCUUGGUCCUCUCUUUUCCUGACAUGAGGAGCACUAAAUACUAAGCAAGGUUCUGCUCUGGUCCUCCCUCUGCCACCCUCCCAUAACCGUGACGCACCCACAAAAAUGGGCAGCCAGUAAGAAUAGCAUAGCGGAUAGACAUAUAAACUUUAGCUUCAGACUGGUUACUCAUUUAAUUCCUGUUAUGUUUUGAAAAACACAUUCAGUGUAUUUCAAUAGAUAAAACACCACAAAAGCAAAAACCACCAGUCAAUCUGUUUUUUGAAACAUUGAAUGUUUAGGAGCAUUGUUCGUUAGUUUUACAAGGAGUAGGUCCUUAUUCUAGUACACUCCAAAUGCCUUAAAUCCAAAUAUACAAAAUGGCUAGCAUGUGCGCUCUCAAACAUGCUCAUGGUCACAGUCGGACCCAUCAUUUCAAAUGCGCAGAGGAGAUGCCAGAGCAAAACCCUGAAGAUGUUAAUUCUCAGGCAGGGUACGUCUGGGAGUGUGCAAAUACAGACUGUCUGGACACCAGCUUUGAGUGAAUGUGAAAAAAAAAACACUCCAUAUACUUUCUCUGUGUUCAUGACACUGUCCUGUUCUGUGUUCUUACCUGGAUGUGUCAGAUCCUUUCACAUUAUGCACUGCAAGAUAUUCUGUUUUUUGUUACUCCCUUGAAACACAUACACACAUAUCACACUUCAUAUGUAUCCUUAAUCUUCACUUAUUUACCAUACAUUAUAUACCUCGUCCUAAUCCCGCCUCCAGUCAUAGAAUUAUACUUUAGUCCCACCCCUUCCCUCUUCUGUCAUUAUAUACAUAUGCCCUGCCUGCCCCCAAUGUAUGCUCAUCCCCCCAAUCUCUGUUCAUUGUAAACAGAAAAUAUUACUCAUAUCUUCAUUCUUUAUCCAUUCAAUAUUCACCUGAUGAUUAUUGAUUAUCUUUGUGUCAUUACUGAUUACUCCUCUUAAGAUUGUAAAGCUGUACUCUUUCUUCCCCAUCGCGCACAGUAGGAACUUUUUCAUAAGAAAUGCAAGUCAUUAAAUUGGAGGGAAAAAAUAAUGACGAGAAAAUAAAUGUCUGUGUUAUAAUAAAAAAUGAAAGUGCACUAUUAUUAUUGCCUGUGAUAAAGAACAAUAAACAAUACAAAAAUGU